GCAAACCUGAACACAUGCCAUGCACAGAAGCACCAUGGUGAGAUCUGGCUGGAUUAAAGGAUUACUUUUGGCCUUUGCCGUGGCUUCGGCUCUGUUAUACCUCGGCUCCAUUAAGAGGGAGGUCCAUACGCAUUCAGAGAGACUCCAGAGGGCCCACCAGAAUGACUCGAUCAGGGGCCAGGGAAUGCUCAAGAGGAUGGACAGGAUGGAAGAAGACAUCAACAGGCUGCUCAAUCUGAUGAAUAAGAUUGAAAAGAAGGAACAGGCGGCACCGCAGAACGCAAAGACCAAGAAGGAGAGGAAGGUGGUGAGGAAGCUGUUUCCCAACUCGGCUCUGUUCAUGAGGUGGGGUGAUGAACUGUCAGAGGAGGAGCAGAAGGAGGCAGAGAAGUUGUUUCAGAGAUACGGCUACAACGCCUUCCUCAGUGACAGACUCCCCCUCAACAGAGAGAUCCCUGACACCCGACCCUCCAGGUGUGCUGAGAGGAAGUACCCAGAAGAUCUGCCUACUGUCAGCGUUGUGUUAAUCUACCUGGAUGAAGCUCUCUCCAUCAUCAAACGGGCCAUCCGCAGCAUCAUGGACAAGACACCGGCUCGGCUGCUGAAAGAAAUCAUCCUGGUGGACGAUCACAGUAGCAACGAGGACUUGAUGGAGAAACUGGAUGAAUACAUCACCUUGAUCCACGAGGAACGUCCAGGCCUGGUGAAGAAAGUGCGGCACUCUCAGCAGCUUGGCCUCACACAGGCCAGACUGUCAGGAUGGGAGGCUGCGGUCGGGGACGUGGUGGCCAUCUUGGACGCUCACAUAGAGGUCCAUGUGCAAUGGGCAGAGCCACUGUUAUCCCGUAUUAAAGAAGACCGCACUGUGAUAUUGACACCGGUGUUCGACAAAGUCAACUAUGAUGACUUGAAAUUGAUUCCCUACAUACCUGCGGCUGACGCCUUUGACUGGGCUCUGUGGUGCAUGUACGAGUCCUUCAGACCUGAGUGGUACAGUUUAAAGGACGAGUCACAGCCUGGCAAGAGUCCGUCCAUCAUGGGGAUUCUUGUAGCUGAUCGCAAGUUCUUUGGAGAGAUCGGAAGCCUCGACGGUGGAAUGAAAAUAUACGGUGGUGAAAAUGUGGAGCUCGGCAUCCGGGUAUGGCUUUGUGGAGGAAGCAUUGAGGUCAUACCUUGCUCUAAAAUUGCCCACAUUGAACGAGCAACAAAACCUUACCUCCCAGACCUGAGUGUGAUGGUGAAGCGUAAUGCUUUGAGGGUGGCGGAAGUGUGGUUGGAUGAAUAUAAAUAUAAUGUCAACAUUGCCUGGAACCUUCCAGUAGAGAAUCACGGGAUAGACAUUGGGGAUGUGUCAGAGAGGAAGAAGCUGAGGGAGAGGCUGAAUUGUAAGCCCUUUAAGUGGUAUCUGGAUAACGUAUACCCCUUGCUGGACCCCCUGCACGACGUACUCGGCUAUGGAGCUCUGAUAAGUGAUCUGCAGUCAGGACUCUGUAUCGACCAGGGCCCAGUGCCUGGGAACACACCCAUUGCUUAUGCAUGCCACUACUUCUCACCUCAGCAUUGUUUUUAUCGUACCAAUGGACAACUCUACAUCGGUGGAAUCAAAUCUCACAAGUACAACAGCAACCGCUGUCUAGUGGACACCGGCUCUGGAGUCUACCCAGGACUGUAUGAGUGUAAAGUCGCCCAGCAGAAGAAGUUCCACAUGUUGUGGGAUUUUAAACAGGAUGGACCGAUCCAGAACAGAGAAACCAAGAGAUGUCUGGAAGUUGCGAUGGGUGAAGACAGCAACUACAAACUUGUUGUUCAACAGUGCAGUGGUCAGGGCUGGAAAAUACAAAAUCUCAUCAAAGACCGUCUGGUGGGCAAGUCCCAGAAAACAAGAUAAUAAAUGACCCUUAA